GCCCGUACAGUAGUUUCUUAAUAUUUAUGUCUAAUUUCAACAGGUUUAUUCCUAGUAGAUAGCCAGGCCAGUUAACAGUGGAGUAGAAAUUAGUAAGCUGUUUUCACAGCGGUUAGUGUUAAGUUCAGUGGUUAGCUGGAUGAUACAGUAGAGCUAGGUUAAUUGCUAGCUUAGCCAGCUUCUGGUGUGCUAGCUAAACAUUACUUAGUUCAGUAUAAAAGUCUGGCGAGGUAAAUUAAGUUGAUCAGAGAGAGAGAUAACAAUUCAUCAUCGAUAGAUGAGGUAUGGCGCUCAAGUCAGGAGAGGACCGUCUGAAAGAGAUGGAGGCUGAAAUGGCUCUUUUUGAGCAGGAGGUUCUUGGUGGUCCAGUACCAGUAUCAGGGAGUACACCUGUUAUGGAGGCUGUACCUGUAGCUCUGGCUGUCCCAGCAGUUCCAGUGGUGCGACCCAUUAUAGGCACCAACACCUAUAGACAGGUCCAGCAGACAUUAGAGGCUAGAGCUGCUAGUUUUGUUGGUCCUCCACCACCGGCUUUUGUGGGACCAGUCCCUCCAGUGCGUCCUCCCCCUCCUCCCAUGAUGAGACCAGCUUUCGUCCCCCACAUCCUGCAGAGACCUGGUGGUCAGAGGCUGCAGAUGAUGCGUGGUCCUCCGAUAGCACCUCCUCUGCCCCGGCCUCCACCGCCUCCUCCCAUGAUGCUCCCUCCUUCCCUGCAGGGCCAGGCCCCUCAGGGUCCCUCUCAGCCCAUCCAGCACAUGGCUGCUACUCCUCAGGUCAGCGACAUGGUCUCAAUGGUGUCAGCCCCGGCCACAAGACAGGGAGGUCCACCUCCUCUCAAACCGACACAGUCAAUCAUCCAGGCAGCUCCGACCGUGUACUCUGCUCCUCCUGCCCCUGUUGGACAUAAGAGAAUUGAUGUUAGAGCACAGAGACAAGCCAGAAUGGAGGAACUGGCAGCUCGGGUAGCAGAGCAGCAGGCAGCAGUGAUAGCAGCAGGUCUACUGGACAAGAAGGAGAGUGAGGACAGCAGCACCGUCAUUGGACCCAGCAUGCCUGAGCCUGAGCCCCCCCACACUGAGCCUGUGGAAAGUGCUACAGAGGACAAAAAGAAAGCAAAGGUGGAGAAGGUGAAGAAGUGUAUCCGUACUGCAGCAGGGACCAGCUGGGAGGACCCCAGUCUGUUGGAGUGGGAGUCAGAUGAUUUCCGUAUAUUCUGUGGUGAUCUUGGUAAUGAGGUCAAUGAUGACAUACUGGCUAGAGCCUUCAGCAGAUACCCGUCUUUCCUCAAAGCAAAGGUGGUGAGAGACAAACGAACAGGAAAGACCAAAGGCUACGGCUUCGUCAGCUUCAAAGAUCCAAACGACUACGUCAGAGCCAUGAGAGAGAUGAACGGGAAGUAUGUCGGCAGUCGUCCCAUCAAACUGAGGAAGAGCAUGUGGAAGGACCGCAACAUUGAAGUGGUUCGUAAGAAACAGAAAGAGAAGAAGAAACUGGGCCUGAGAUAGUUUUUACAAGUAGGACUGUGUGUGUUGUGUUGAGUUCCCUGGUGGACGGGCACUAGUGAGAGCAUGACUCUUAAAUUGAAUUUGUCCAGUCAGGAGAUGUCAUGAGAUUGUCCAAGUGGUAUUGCUUUUUCUUCAAUAAAACCAUCAAUUCUAAA